GGGGAGUUCAGUCAGCUAGAGCGCUGCAGGUCAACCGUGCUCAGCCAUGAUGUGGGAAGUCGUGUUGAUGUUUUUUACUUUUGUCCAGGCCCAAGUGAUUUCACAAGAAAUUAAAGUGGUGUGUCGUGAAUUUGGUAAUUUCCCUCCUGUCAGUGAUCAAGUCUCCAUCAUUCCUGGCAGACUUGAAAGUGGAACUUGUGACAGAACAAGAAAAAGAUAUGCUAAACAUCAGCUGGGCAAUCAGCAUUGAUGCCAGUACUGAAUAUCUGACGGGCACUCUGAUCGAAAUUUCGGGGGAACCAUCCUACCUCUGUGAUUACAGUCCACAUUUGACCUGUGUCACUGGGCUGGAGCAGAAAUGGUUUAAUUUUCUAGUACAAGCAAGCUAUGGCUUCAACCUCAUCCAAGCUAGCAAUCUCCCUUGGCCUCAACUGGGGAGUGGCGUCUCCUCCAAGUCUGUAAGUGUACUGGUACCGCGCCGUAAAACACAAAAAAGUGUUACACUAAAGCCAUCUCAAGUUCCCAGAGGUGAGCGAUCACAUUUCAUCACAGUUAAGACCACUCCAGAUGAGACCACUACCUCAUCUGUGAGAAAAGGACGAAUCACUGUCACCAUUUUCGGAGGACUGGCUAUUCUGAUGAUCCUGAGCUCCUGCUACAUAAUUUAUAAAAGCUGUGGAGCCAACAUUGCCUCAUCACUUGGUUUCAGAAGUUUACCGCAAUCUCCCACGGUUCCUGUUCCUGUCCUGGUGGUGUACCCCGCCAAGAAUUCAGCCUUCCAGCGGGCCGUGGUGGCUCUGGCAGAGUUCUUGCAGUGGCACGGUGGCUGCAGCGUGGCUAUCGACAUGUGGCAGCAGGGGAAGAUUGCAGAGCUUGGGCCAAUGCGCUGGCUCACAGAACAGGCCAAGGCUGCAGAACAAGUGCUCAUUGUCUGCCCGCAGGUAGAGAUUCCCUCCUCACAGCCCAGCCACUCUCCUCCCAACCGUGGCUUCCCAGAACCCUCUAUCCCAGCUGCAGCUCAUGACCUUUACCCCCUGAUCCUCAACAUGGUGGCCAGCCAUGCAAAGAGCGCCAACGACCUGGCUAAGUUCUGGGUGGUGCAACUGGGCAAGCAGCGGGGCAAAAGGCAUAGUAACUUGGCGCUGGAACUGAGGGCCUGCAAGACUUUUUAUUUGAUGAAGGAUUUGAACAAACUGUACAGGAGUCUUCAUUCUCACAGGCAGGAUGACAGGAAGAUAUCAGAUCAGAUCUUCAGACCAAGGAUUUCCUACAGUGAGAAGAGUACAGUGAUGUUAAGGGAAGCUGUAGAGGAGCAUUUCCAGAGAAGCAGAAGCACUGAGAACUGUGGUCACCUCAGUUUGAACAUCAGUAAUGAGAAUGUUUAGAUUGAUAUAGAGAUAGGUGAGAACAGUUGAUAAGUGCAUAGCUGACUCUUCCAUUAUUCUUACUGUUUUAUGAAAUGCAGAGUUUCACACUGAAAGCCAUUUUGUAGAUAUGAGUGAGUUUUUGUCUGUCUAUGUAUACUAGCUCUGUCCCUGGUCCCUGGUGCCCUGUUUCUCUUCAGUGCAUUCUGGGAUAGACUCCUGCAUCAUAACAGGAUAAGUAGGUAUAAGUAUGUAUAUGUUGCCCAUCUAGCUGUGGUGGUAGUUGAGGUAUUCUUUGACUUGGAACGAGAAAUGGUAAUGAAUAGAAACUUAUUACAAUGUAAAAUUAACAUCCACAGGGAAUAUGGAGAAUGCUGCCAUCCGCAGAUGACAGUGAUUGACCUACUGUGUCCUCUGCCACAUAUAGCACUAUGCUAUUACAGCAUAUAAAUAAUAAAUACAGUUCACAUGCUGACAUGCUCAGUUAGAAGUGGGGACGUCUCAGUCAUUAUUUAUUGUAAAUGAGACUGUGGUACUUCUUAAAGAAGACACAUUCUUCCUUUUAUGGAUAAAAAAUUUAAUCCUUGCACAAGUCAGUCCAUACAAUGAUGUUACAUGCUACGUGUUACUAAUACCUGAUGUUAAUAAACUUUAAAUAGCUUCCA